AUGAAUCAUUGUCUGACUUGUGUUGAUUAAAAUUAAUAAGUAAAUGAAUAUAAUGUCUGUGUAUGUAAAAUAGGAUGGAUUCUUAAUGCUGAUAAUAUUACAUGUAUAUAAUGUCAAUUACCAUGUAAAGAUUGUGUAUAAACAAUAAAUAAAUGUAUUAGUUGUUAAGAUUAAUUAUAUUAAUAACCAGAAUAAUGUAUUUGUUAAUCUGGAUGGACUUAUGAUAACGAUUACUUUUGUGUUCAAUGUUUAUAACCAUGCAAAACUUGUAAUGUAUCUACUUCACAAUGUUUAUCAUGUUUAGAUGAUAAUCAUAUAAUAAAUGACUAAUCACAAUGUAUAUGCAAAUCUACUUUUUAUUCUAAUAGUAUAACAACAUGUUUAAAAUGCAAACAACCAUGUUAUGAAUGUGAUUUUAAUGGUUGUAUCAAUUGUCUAGAUACAAAUUAAAUUGUAAAUUCAAAUUAAGAAUGUGUUUGUAAAGAUGGAUAUCUUCUAUAAGGAAUUAACUGUUUCUAAUGUUAAGUGCCUUGUUCUACUUGCAUUAAUAAUCUUAGUGAUUGUUUAACAUGUAUAGAUAUAAAUUAAACAAUUAUAAAUUACUAAUGUGUAUGUAAAGAAGGAUUUAUAUAAAUUGGCAAUAUAUGUUGUGAUCAAUAUUGUGUUGAUUGUUAAGCAAUUUAUUAUUGUGUUCUUUGUAAGAAAAAAUAUUAUUUAUCUACAAAUAAUAGAUGUUUUAAAUGUAUUGAAUAUUGUGAUAUUUGUUAAAAUCAAUUCAAUUGUUAAAUUUGUUAAGAUGGAUAUUUUCUAGAUUCAUAAUCAUAAUGUUAAUAAUGUAUUCAAAAUUGUUAAAUCUGUGGAAAUCCAAGUAAUUGUAUUAAUUGUUUUGAUGGUUAUUAUUUUAAUGAAUAAAAAUGUGAAUAAUGUAGUUAAAAUUGCUUAACUUGUAAUGAAUUAGCAGAAAAAUGUAUUACUUGUAGACCUGAAUAUUAAAUUAAUAAUUAUCAUUAUUGUGUUUGUAAAGAUGGAUAUUAUUAAUAAUAAAAUUAAUGUCUAAGAUGUUUAUAUCCCUGUAAAACAUGUUUAAAUAAUUUUAUAUGUUAUGAAUGCAUUUCACUAUCAAAUUUAUCCUUAAAUUAUAAUUUUGAAUGUCAAUGUUCUCAAGGUUUUUUCUGGAAUAAAAUUAAUUGUUCAUAAUGUAAUAAAUCUUGUUUAACUUGUAUUGAUAAUGAAUUUAAUUGUUUAAAUUGUGAUUAAGGAUAGAAUAGAGUAUUAAAAGAUAAUAAAUGUUUAUGUCAUUAAAAUUAUUAUGAAAAUGAAGAUGGAAUUUGUAUUUCAUGUUUAGAGGAUUCAGCAAAAUCUUAAGUAGACUGUAAAUAUUAAAAUUGUAAUGAUUCAAUAUGGACAUAUGGAGAAGAAUGCGAUGAUGGUAAUAAUGUAAAUAGAGAUGGUUGUUCAAAUUGUAAAAUAGAUAAAAACUAUUCUUGUCAUAAUGAAAUAUUAAAAUAAUCAAUAUGUUUUGAAUGUUCAUCAAAUUGCAUAAAUUGUUAAUUAAAUACUUUAACAAAUAAAAAAUAAUGUACAAAAUGCAGAAUUGGAUAUUUUUUAGAUAAAAAUGAUUGUGUUAAUUGUUCCAUAAACUGUUUAGAAUGUCUCAAUUAACCUUAGAAUUGCAUUAGUUGUAAAUUUAAAUCAUUAAAUAAUAAUAAUAAAUGUUAAAUGUGUAAAUAAUAAUAAGGAUAUUAUGAGAAUGAUUUAGAUCAAAAUUGUUUACCUAAAUGUGGAGAUUAUAUCAAAGUAAUUGAAGAAGAAUGUGAUGACGGAAACCUUAUUAAAGGUGAUGGAUGUGAUAAUGAUUGCAAACUAGAAAAAUAAUAUAUAACCAUAAAAGAUGUAAGUAUUAUACCUAUUUAUCCAUAACCCUUUUUAUAAAGUUUAAGUAAUUAAAAUAUUUAUACCAUUUAUAGAUUAUUCAAAUUAUCUUAUAAUUAUCAUAUUGUUAUUACAGAUGGUUUUUAAAUAAAAGAUUAUUUGACUUUUCAUAUCUCUAAUCAAAGUGGUAUUUAAUAACUUGACUAAAAGUUAGAAUUAACUUAAUAGAUUUUUAAACUAAAUGAAUUAAAUCAAUCUGAAUUAAUUUUGAACAUAAAUAUAACUUUUUCUAGAGACUCAUAAGAUGAAACUUUAUUAGUAAGAUUUUCUAAUAUUUCUGUUAUUUAAUCAAGGGAUGGAUACUCUCAAGUAUAAACAGAGCUUUCUUGUUCUAUACCAAAAGUCAUUUAUACAGAUGAUAAAACUAUUACAUAAGUAUAAAGAACUACUUAGAGUAAUGUUUAUAUGCUCUAUUUUAUUGGUGCCUUAUGUGCAGGAUCAAUAUUAUUUGGAGGAAUUUAAGCAUUUUAUAAUAUAUUUGAUACACUCUAAAUGUUAUCAUAUCUCAAAUUUAUCAACACUUAAUUACCUUAUAAUUUAUAGAUAUAUUUUGAUAUUUUUGGGUUUGCCUAAAUUAAUUUUAUUUAAAAAAUAUUUGAUAUUUAGAGUGUUAUUGAUUUAAUCCUUUAUUAAACUCAUACCAAAAAAAUACCUCUAAAAGUAGCUAGAGAAUAGAUAACAUCUUUAUUUAUAAUAAAUGCCUCAUCACUAAUUACUGUUUGGAUUGCUCUCUUUAUCAUCUAUGUAUUUGCAAAAGCUAUACCUAAAAUCUUAUAUAAAAUAAAAUUUAAAUUUUAUUCUGAAUCUGAAACUGAAAAUUAAUUGCUUGUAAAACUCGGAGUAUAUUAUUUAGCUGUUAAAUAUUUCAUUAAUAAUUUCUGUUAUUUUAUUAUUUCAGAAUUCUUCUAUAGUGGAAUUUUAAGAGUAUAUAUGUCAACAGCAUAUGAUUUUGCAUUUAGUAUAGUACUUUAAUUAUAUGCCUUAGAAAUUAAUUCACCAAAUAUUUUUAUUAGUUUUAGCUCUUUUUUAGCUUCAAUUGGUCUUGCAAUCUAUCUUUUUAGCAUUUAUUAUGUCAUUUAAAUAUUAUAAAUGAAGCAAUACUCUUUUAAAUGUAAAAAUAUAUAAAGAAAAUUUGGGUCAGUUUUUGAAGGUAUUGAAUUAAUUCAAUUAUCCAAAUAUUAUAAUGCAAUUCUCUUAAUUAAAAAAUUUAUUUUUAUGAUAUUAUUAGUAUUUGCUUAUGAAUUUCCAAUUUGUUAAAUAGGUGGUAUUACAUUUUUAUCAAUAACUAUGAGUUUAUAUUUAUUUAAAUUUGUCCAGUUAUAAGACAAAACAGAAUAUUUGAAAUAAUUAAUUUGUGAAAUUAACAUUUCUUUAACACUUUUAGGUCUUGCAAUUCUUACCUGUGAUUUUGAAAUAGGAUAUUUUAAAUAUUAGACUAGAUAAUUAACUGGUUGGUUUUGCAUUUUUUUUAUGACAUCAAUAAUAUGUAUUCAAUUAGGAAUGGAUGGCUUUCAAUAAUGGAGGUUUCUUUUUCGCAAAUAUAAAUAAUUAAGAAGGUUAGUUGAUGUAAUAUUUGGAAUAUUUAAAAAAAAACAAUAACCCUGCUCUCCAUCCAAUAUUUUUUAAUGA